CUUCUUCCAACCACCACCAUCUCCACUCAACAGCCACUGCUCCUCAAGGCGAGAUACCGUCUUUCGUCUCCAUUUUGCCCCCAAUUUUCUUUGGCAAACUACAGCGAAGAUUCUUUUUUGCCUAGCAACUCACCCCAUAUUGAAGCUUGUAUCAAUCAACCUCACCCUUGAACAUAUUUUCGAUUCGCAGCCAUGUCGCAAGCAUCGAGUGCUGUAGCAGCCUCCUCAUCCAACAACAAUGAAUCGUGGAAAAGCGGUCUCCGCCCACCACCAAAAGAUGUACGCCCUCAAACUGAAGAUGUCACCGCUACAAAGGGCCUCGAAUUUGAAGACAUGUUCCUUCGUCGAGAACUCCUCAUGGGCAUUUUUGAAACCGGUUUCGAGAAGCCCUCACCCAUCCAAGAGGAAGCUAUUCCCAUUGCUCUCACCAAACGUGACGUCCUUGCUCGAGCAAAGAACGGCACGGGUAAAACGGCCGCUUUUGUUAUUCCUUCACUGCAACAAAUCGAUACCUCCAAGCCCAAGAUCCAAGCCCUGCUUCUCGUUCCGACACGAGAGCUGGCGCUGCAGACUUCGCAGGUGUGCAAACACCUGGGCAAACACAUGGGCGUGAACGUAAUGGUGACUACGGGAGGAACCACCUUGAAGGACGAUAUCAUGCGAUUAUCCGAAGCCGUGCACGUUCUCGUUGGUACCCCCGGUCGUAUCUUGGACCUUGCAGGCAAGAACGUGGCAGACUUGAGCGAAUGUCCUGUCUUUGUGAUGGACGAAGCUGAUAAGCUACUUUCGCCUGAGUUCUCGCCCGUUAUGGAGCAGCUAUUGUCGUACCUGCCUGAAGAACGUCAAGUAAUGCUGUUUAGCGCAACUUUCCCAAUGAUUGUGAAGGACUUCAAGGACAAACACAUGCGGACCCCCUACGAGAUCAACCUCAUGGACGAACUCACUCUUCGCGGUGUCACGCAGUACUACGCCUAUGUCGAGGAGCGACAGAAGGUCCACUGCUUGAACACCCUCUUCUCCAAGCUUCAAAUCAAUCAGUCAAUUAUCUUCUGUAACUCCACUAACCGCGUCGAAUUGCUCGCGAAGAAAGUCACCGACUUAGGCUACUCCUGCUUCUACUCACACGCCAAAAUGCUCCAAUCGCAUCGUAACCGCGUCUUCCAUGACUUCCGCAAUGGCGUCUGCCGCAAUCUAGUCUGUUCUGACCUUCUCACGCGUGGUAUCGAUAUUCAAGCUGUCAACGUUGUCAUUAACUUCGAUUUCCCGAAAAACUCCGAGACGUACCUCCACCGUAUUGGUCGUUCUGGGCGAUUUGGACAUCUGGGUCUGGCCAUCAAUUUGGUGACCUAUGAGGAUCGGUUCAACUUGUAUAAGAUUGAGCAGGAGCUGGGCACUGAGAUUCAGCCCAUCCCGCAGACUAUUGACAGAGGAUUGUAUGUUGCGCCGGCUGCUCCCGAGGAGAACAACAAGCAGCAGGCGAAGCAGAACGGUACAGCUGUUGCACAGACGCAGCAGCAGACGAGGCCCGUAUAUCAGGGCGGGCGAUGAGUGCGUUCAGAGAUGGGGUCGGAGGUUGUAGAGGAGGGAGGUGCCCAACCAAUCAUUCAGCUCAAACACUGCAUCAUUUUCACGGCCGCAAGAGUAUUCCUUUGUGAUAUAUUAUCGACCCAACCAAGUCGGAUAAACCAUUCACCCAUUCCCAUUCAUUAUUGCCACAUUCCGUCUUGCCUCUGCUUUUGGCUUCGGUAUUUUAUUCUCCUCCUCCCCUACUGUGGCUCGCUCGUAUACUCACUUCAGUUUCAUCGGCCUCUCAAUGAUCUAUACGUUACUACCCACGACAGCUAUUAUCUCGUGCUCUUGUGGUCGUCGGUCUUGUUGCAUAUGUUAGUUGGAUGAUUUGGUUGGGUUGUUGGUGUGUUUGUGGCGGAGAUGAUGCCUUUUUACUGUAGUUUCCGGGAACUUGUGCGAUGUUCAAUGCGAAGCUGGUGU